GAUCCCCAUUCCCCACCCAAUUUGACAGGUUGAUGAGUUGUUCACAUUCCUCACAUCUGACUGCCUCUCUGUUUUGGACAGAUUCACCAUCUCUCUUCACUUUUCCGGCAGCGUUUCUCUCUUCUCCGGCCACAAACCACCAGCCAUCGGUCUUUGAACAUUUAACUACUAAUCAUCUACGAAUAACACUAACGGAACUCUGAGUUAUUUCAAAAUGUUACCGAGAUCUCCGGCGAAGAAGGCCUAAACCAAUUUCAAAAGUUUUCAGUGUCGAUUGUCUGAAGCAAGCGAAGGAGACGGAUGAGGGUUUAAUUUCGUUGAUUCGGUGUACAGGUGGUGUCUCUUUAAUGUUUGCAUCACAGCUCUUGCGAAUUCUCCAAACUUUUCCAACUAAUGUUAAUAAUGAAAUCUGAUGAAGUGAAGGAGAAGAACACCAUGAAAGAGAGCCCAAAAAGGUACACAAAUCCAUUUUUAUCAGAUGAAGAGAAUGAAAAAGUCAACAACAACAACAACAACAAUCAAGAAGUUUACACUGAUAAAAAUGUGAUGGAAUUGGAAUUGGAAUGUGAACUUCCUGAAUUGUUAGUAUGUUACAAUGAAGGUGGUUUUCAUGUGAAGGACAUUUGUGUUGAUGAUGGAAUCCCUCAUGAUAAACAUGACGACAUCAUCAAUCAAAGUCUGAUAUUUUCACCCAUGGAAGAUUAUUACAUGGAGGAAUCAAAUCAUGUUGUGGAUAUUGGAGAUAAUCUUGAUGAAGAUUGUAAGGAUGAUGAUGCAAAAGACUGUGGGACCAAAGAAGAAGAAGAUAUUGAGUCCAUAGAUCCGAAUGAGAUAAAGAAUAUCUCUAAAGAUGAUAAUCAUGUAAUUUCCGAAUGUGCCCCUGAAGAGUUAAAAUGUGCAGAAUCUAAUACUGUUCCAAAAGGCAUUGACAAUUAUGUCCCUCAAGAACAACAGAUGGAUUUGAAUUCUGUUUCAUUGGAUGAUAAAGAUAAAGAUAAAGAUAAAGAUGAAGAUCGACCACUUCCAUCACUUAAAUCCCUUCUUGAAUCCAUCAAUGGUGUUGAUGAUAAAGAUCAACACCCAUCUCAGAGUUGUGUAGAAGGAAAUGAAGGUGAAGAAGAAGUAAGCACAAGUAUAGAAGGAAACAACACUUUGAAUCUAACCAAUGGCAAAACUGUAAGUUCCAAUGGUCUCCAUGAUGUUCAUGAACGUGGUGAAGGAGAGUCAAGUUUCUCUGUUGCGGGUCCCGUUUCAGGGCGCAUAAAUUAUUCCGGGCAGAUUGCGUUUUCGGGCAGCAUCUCUCUCCGGUCAGACAGCAGCACAACCAGCACCAGAUCCUUUGCCUUUCCCAUACUGCAGACAGAGUGGAACAGCAGCCCGGUCAGGAUGGCGAAAGCUGACCGGAGAAGAUUACAGAAGCAUCGUGGAUGGAGGAAUGGGCUUUUGUGUUGUAGAUUUUGAAUUAAUUUUAAUGUGUCCUUUUUUUUUUUAUAGGAUGUGAGUUUUUAUAUAUACAUACAAAUCAAAAAGAAUUUACAGAUAAAUGUUAAAACGGGAAGUGUUUUUUUUAGGGAGGGUUUGAUGUGGAGUUAGUGGUUGAGGUUGAAAAAUGGUAUGUGUGUUGUGUGUUUUUUUUACUUCAUUUAGUG